AUGUCUUCAACAAACUCGGUUAAACAGGCCGCCGAGGCGACACGAAACAAAACCUCUGAGGCUAUCGAUGCUACGAAACGUUUUGCAGAUAUUGUCAAAGAAGACCACAGUUCUGCAAAAAAUACCUUCCUCCACACGCCCUUUGUGAGAGGAGCUCUGCCCUUUAUCAAUGGAGGCCUAGCGGGAAUGGUAGCAACAACGGUCAUUCAGCCCAUCGACAUGGUCAAGGUUCGACUUCAGCUAGCCGGCGAGGGCGCCAAAAGCGGUCCUAAAGCCAGCCCGCUGUCCGUAACAAAGGAGAUCAUUGCUGCCGGAAAAGUAAUGGACCUAUACACGGGGCUCUCGGCCGGCCUCCUCCGCCAGGCAGUUUACACUACUGCACGCCUGGGCUUCUUUGACACUUUCAUGAAGACGCUCACUGCGAGAGCCAAGGAGAAGGGAAACAGCAUUGGCUUCGCCGAGCGCGCAAGUGCCGGCAUCACAGCCGGUGGUCUUGCAGCUAUGAUUGGGAACCCAGCCGAUCUGGCCCUCAUCCGCAUGCAAUCCGAUGGCCUCAAGCCUCUCGUGGAGAGGAAGAAGUACAAGUCCGUCAUUGACGCCCUCAGCAGCAUUUCCAAGUCAGAAGGCGCGGGUGCUUUGUGGGCUGGCGCAGCACCUACGGUUGUGCGAGCUAUGGCUUUGAACUUUGGCCAGUUGGCAUUCUUCUCGGAAGCGAAGCAGAGGCUCAAGGAUACAAGUCUAAGUCCAAGAGCGCAGACGCUGACGGCGAGUGCGGUUGCCGGCUUCUUUGCAAGUUUCUUCAGUUUGCCAUUUGACUUUGUGAAGACGAGGUUGCAGAAGCAGAAUCGGGCGCCGGAUGGCAGUCUGCCGUACAAAGGGAUGGUACACUGUUUUUCCAAGGUAGCGAAGGAUGAGGGGAUCCUGAGAUUCUACCGGGGAUUCAGUACUUACUAUGUGAGGGUUGCGCCGCAUGCGAUGGUGACGUUGAUCGUCGCCGAUUAUUUGGGCUUUAUAACGAAGUGA